AUAAUGCAUGCUAUUAAACAGUAUGUUUGUAUUGAAUAUGAUGUAGUAAAAGGAUCUGAUAUCAUGACUGCUACAAAAAAUCUUGCAGAAACAUAUUUGGCAAAGACUAUUGCUGGAAUAUCUAAAUAUAAUUUCUGGCAAUGGCCAAUCGCAGGCCCAUUAGCAGGAUAUAUUGUAGCCUGUCUAUUGCCACAUUUUGGAGCUUCGAUUCAUUUUUCUCCUGCCAUGAUCACUAGCUUGUAUUUCAUUGAUACUGCAAGAGAAAAUAAUACAGAAAAAGGAUGGGUGUUGCAUAAGAAUAUAGUAUAUAGUAAUCGAGAUAGAGGAAAACGAAUAACAGCUAAAGAUAUGUAUGUUAGGUUAAAAGAAUUCGCAAAUAAUAGUGAAUUAGAACAGGAUGAAGUGCCAAAAGUUUCAACAAUUCAAGGAUGGAUAUCACGGUACUACAAAACAUUUUUGGAUCAGGCAACAAGAACUGCACUACAAUCUAAUUUGGGCGAAGACAUUUCAGAGGGAAGUAUAUAA